AGUUAGAGGUAGAGCGCAAGCAGGUUAAAGUUUAGAGAAAGUGGCCUCUUGCUCUGCUAAAUCUGUUCUCGACAUGGCAGUGGCUGAGGUCGUGGUGGUGGGAUCCUGUAUGACUGAUCUGGUGAGCCUUACCACACGUCUGCCAAAAGCUGGAGAGACCAUUCAUGGUCAUCGGUUUUUCACUGGAUUUGGAGGGAAAGGUGCCAACCAGUGUGUCCAGGCUGCGCGACUUGGAGCAAAAACUUUAAUGAUCUGCAAAGUUGGGAAAGAUUCAUUUGGUAAUGAUUAUAUUGAAAACUUCAGGAAAAAUGGGAUUCCUACAGAAUUUGUAGGUCAAACUGAGGAUGCUGCAACUGGAGCUGCUUCAAUUGUUGUUAACAGUGAAGGGCAAAACUUCAUUGUCAUUGUUGCAGGAGCAAAUUUGCUUCUGGACUCUAAUGAUCUAAAGAGGGCUGCUCAUGUCAUCUCUAAAGCCAAAGUGAUGGUCUGCCAACUUGAAGUAACCCCAGCAAUUUCUCUGGAAGCCCUGAAAAUGGCGCAUACCAAUGGAGUGAAGACUUUAUUUAAUCCUGCUCCAGCACUCACUGACCUAGAUCCACAAUUUUAUACCUAUUCUGACAUCAUCUGCUGCAAUGAAAGUGAGGCAGAAAUUCUCACAGGCAUUGCAGUUGGAAACACUGAAGAUGCUGGCCGGGUGGGACAGACCUUGUUACAGAGAGGCUGUAAGACUGCCAUUGUAACCUUGGGCCCAGACGGUUGUGUGAUGGUCUCCACCAAGGAACCUGUCCCAAAACAUCUCCCUGCUAAGAAGGUUACUGCUGUGGAUACCACGACAUCAAAAGUCGUUUGUGGCAGUGGCUUAGCUGUGGAUGUCUAAGUGCAGUGUAACAACAGCAACAGCAAUCAAGAGGUGCUCCUUUGAUUUUCCCACAUAAUAUCUUCAUAUGUAAAUUAGAAAUAGAUGAAUUAAGGUAAGCACCCAAUACUUAGAAAGCCACACCCAAAGAUUCAUUUGUAGUGCUGGGGCCUGGAGCCUCUCUCAGCUCAAGGGGCAAAUUCAACUUUGGAGAAGGUCUUGGAGCUGUAUUCCUGUGGUGGGGGCAGCCAAAGGCAAAAGGGAUGAGCCCCAAAAUGCUAGCAUAUUUUAGCUGGAAGUCUUUGGCUGCCAAUACCUGGCAUUUCAGCUUUCAAGAAUGGAGAGAAAACUGCACAAAACCUGGGAAACAACCAAACAAAUGGUAGUUGGGGAAAAGGGGAUAGGCCCAGGGAAAGAGGGUAGAACAUCUGGAAAACCCCCAUAGGACUGGAUUUGGCCUUUGAGCACCUUUUGGGUACUGAGUUACUUGGCUUUGGCAUCAUUGAAUGGCUUGGAAUGAAGAUCAGAAAAUAUGCCAUAAAGUUGGAAGCCAUUUCAGGUAGCUGCUGUAAAAGUUUUAGUAUUUAAUUCCAUAUUUGUUUGCCUCCUUGCAGGACAAGGCAUAGUAAAAACAUAACAUUGAUCUAUCUUACCAUAUUAAACAUUUAAAAUAUUGCUACUGCAGAAGUUUGAAAGAAGGCACAUACUACCAAAAAAUUUUUAAAAAGGCAGCUCAAAAAAUUGGGAAGCCACACCCAAAGAAUCAUUAAAAAACUUAAAGCUUUUUCCUUCUUUUUAAAGGUGCUUUUAAUUCUGAACCCUAGCAUUAAAGCACCUUAAAAUGAGAAGUUUUCACAGCCUAUAACUGUAAAGCAAAUAUUUCCAAACUACUUGUAUGGAAGAGGAAGAUUAGGGUAGCUGGCUUUUCUCCAGAUAAUUGUGUAGGAGGUAGAACUUGAGAUGCCUUUGAUUACCACCAUGAAUAUGAUGAAAAGCAAUAUUUAUUGUCUUCUUUCUUUGCUUCUUAUUCUUGUUUAGAGUCCAGCAGUCCUGAUCCCUUUUCACCCUAGUACAAAAUGGACAUACUAAACUGGCACCCUUCUGUGUGAACCAAAAUGUAGAAUUGAGCAGUCUCAAAUAUAAUAUUACAGAUUGGAAAGCAAAAAAAGAAGCCAAAGGAAUUUGAGGGCUCAUAUACUAGACUAGCAGAGAACUAACCGAGGGAUACAAGCUUGUUACCCAAGACCGCUGAAAGAAAAAUGAGAAGCAGCUUGUCAGAGUUGAAACAGAGCAGAUGCAAGCUAGACUUCUUACUGUAAAUCCAGCUGAGGAAUGAAACAAGUUGAAACAGUCUGUAGAUACUUCUGGUGACAGUUUAAAAUAUAAAACCUCAUCAGCACAUAUUGGGAAUAGUUUAAAAGUAAGGAGCCUAAAGAAGGAAGCGCUCAGAAACAUAACUAGUAGAUGAUACCAACAAAAUAUGUCUUGCUAAAAUUUA